GCGUGUUUUUUUUUUAAUGAAUGAAACAAUCCCACGGACAGACGGUGAGUAAUUCCGGGAAAAGGCGGACUGUGGUGUUGUAGUGUAAAGUUGCUGUAUUUGUUCAUGUAAGUUAUCUAGUUGUGAAUGUGAAGAACAUCGACGAAUAUCUGUUUUUUGGCUACGUCGGAAGGGCAGAAGUUCAAGUCCACAGCAGAAAUUCUAAAAACAAAGCAAAACAAAAGCAACCAUGACAUCAGACAGCAGAGCCAGCAAAGCCCUACAGGUAAAGAGAGAGUGUGGAGAGAACGUUCCCGUGCUGUCGGACAGUGAGCUCAUGUCUCUGUCGGUGCGUGAGCUGAACUUGCACCUUCGUGGUUUGUCCAGAGAAGAGAUCCAGAAACUCAAGCAGAGGCGGCGUACAUUGAAGAAUCGUGGCUAUGCAGCCAGCUGCAGGGUUAAGCGCGUGUCCCAGCGCGAGGCCUUGGAGCAGCAGAAGAAGGAGCUGCAACGCGAGGUGGAACGGCUCGGAGCAGAGAACGCAGGCAUGCGCAGGGAGCUGGAGGGGCUUGGGGCUCGACUUGCAGCACUGCAGCGCUUUGCCCGCAGCCUUGAUUCGGCAGGAGGCAGCAUUCUAGCAACAGCGCCUCGCCUCAACACUGCGUCUGUCAUCACCAUAGUGAAGAGCCCGCAGCAAAGCCACGGCCCCAGAGAGCAAGAAGCAUCCUAGGGAUGAGUCAUACCGGCAAUACGCAAACACACUCACAAACAUGUAGAAGUACAAGGUACACAACAACUGGACCAUCUAAGCUGAACUGAAUGACUGCCAAACAUAUAGGAAUGUUACACAACAAAUAGUUGUGUAAGUGAAGUCAUUGAUACCAGUGAUGCAGGAUUGCUUUCAGAAUCUUUGGCUGUAUCUUCAUUACCCAAAAGUUGCAUUUGAUUAACAUUCUGUUUAUUGGUUAAUUGGACCAUAUAAAUCACGGGAAUGCAGGGCAUGUCUGCAUUGUUUAAGUGUUUUUGGUGAGAACAGAUUAUUUUGUUUGAAUUUGAGAGUUAUUUGACUGUAUUCACCUGUUUUAUGUUUGGUCUAUUACAUUUGUUUAACUAACACAUAAAUAGGGUAAUGUUGGGAAGUUUACAUGUAACUUUGUGCAAAAUUCUUUGAAAUAUACCAUUCAUAUUUAUAUGCCCAAUAUUUGUCAGAUGGAAAAACUAGUCACAACUGUAGAGAACGUCUUUACUGAAUUAAUAAUUAAGCUUGACUUAAUAACUCUGACUACCAACUCAUUUUAAGUUGGCAAAUAUUGCUGGAUAUAUUCAUAUUCAUAGUUCUAAUUAAGAAACAAUCAUAAUUAGUUAUGAUUAACGUAAUGCCACGCCACGUCAAUGCAAGCUUCUUUAUACAUUCUCACAAACAUGUUCAGUAGUUAAUUUGCAACACACAGAGAUUUCUUUUUAUCCGCCUUUGCAAUGAAGACCUAAAAGCUAGAGUGCUGUGAUUUUACGUACAAAUACUGUUUAUGUAUAAGUAGUUUGGGAAUAUUUGUAUGUCCGAUUAUUGUAAUGGUGUGAUUUGUAUUUGUAUUCAGUUAUGCCAAGGUGUUUCCACACCUGCUCUUCACAGAAUAUUUUAGUGUCUUCCUUACUCCAACACUCGAUUUAGCUGAUUAAUCUGAGAUGGGGAACAGGAAGAUGCUAAAAUGAUCAGGACAGGGCUGGAAUAUGUUCCAGUACGUGUGAUGACUGUAGUUGUGCUAAUACAUUAUAGUUCUUUUCUACGUAAAUGUAGAUUAUUUAUAAUGACAAAAUACUUUAGAAGUCUAGAAAGUAUCACAUGAGGGUCUAAAGUCUGAACGACUAGGGGAAGAGUAAAUGUGGAAUAAAAAGUGACAUAAGGAAAAGAAACCAGUGUAAGAGGCUAAGAGAGGAACAGAAGGUGAUUCUGAAAGUGCUAGAGAGAAAGAGAGACACAAGUUGUGGCUACAAGCGAUCAUAUUAACUCAUGGUUGACAAGAAGCUUGCCAACUAUUAGCUUUACUAACUCCAGCAUUGAGGAGUAUACAGUAUAUGAUAAUAUUUAUAGGUUAAAGCAUUUGUAUUGCAAUGAAAUCUGUUAAAGCUCUUAAUUGUAAUACUGAACCCUUGAUUUCAGUAACAACUUGUUCUUAUGUUUUGGUUCCAAACAUGCUGGAUGUUUUGUGAAGUAGUAAAAUACAAGUCUUUUAUUGGUAUUUAUUACAUAUAUUUUUCUAUGGUAAAAUAUUGUCUAUUUUAUGCCCUUAAUUGAAAUAAAUGUAUAUAUUGUACAUAACAUA